AUGGAGGGCGUCGUACCGCGCCCUGCCGUGGAGGAGGAGGAGGUGGUGGGGCUAGCUCGCACCCUCAUCGACAUUGAGUCGGUCACGGGCAACGAGGGCCAGGUAGCCCACUACGUACGCGACUGGCUUCUCAAGCGAGGGUGGGUGGUGGAGCUGCAAGAGGUGGUGGCGGGUCGCUGGAACGUGUACGGGCGCACGGCGGGAGGCGCGGGGAAGAACCCGCGGGUGGUGGUCAACAGCCACCUGGACACGGUGCCGCCGUUCUUCGCGUCGUCCGUCGACGCCACCCACGUGCGCGGACGCGGCGCGUGCGACACCAAGAGCCUCAUCGCCGCACAGCUCCUCGCCGUCCAGCAGCUCGUGGAGGAGGACAGCCCCGGCAAGGACGACAUCGCCCUCCUCUAUGUUGUGGGAGAGGAAACCGAUCACGUGGGCAUCACGAAGGCCAACGAACUCGGGAUCGACCCGCGCUACCUGAUGGUGAAGGGACAGAAGGGCUACCUCGGCAUCACCCUCCGCGGGGAGGGGAUAGCUGCCCACUCGGCCUACCCCGAGCGGGGCAAGUCGGCAAUUGAGCCCCUCUUGGACGUCCUCCAGGACCUGCGGGCCGAUGUCGAGACCUGGCCCCACCACCCCGUGCUGGGCAAGGCGACGAUGAACAUCGGAACCAUCCAGGGCGGCCUCGUCCCCAAUAUCGUGCCCGAGUCGGCGGCGGCGCGUCUCUCCUUCCGCAUCGUGGACCCCAUGCAGCAGAUCAUCGAGCGAGUCACCCAGGUGGUGGCCGGACGCGUGAAGAUCGAGGUGGAGCCCUCCAUGGAGGCCAUCGAGCUGGAGGUGGUGGAGGGCUAUCCCACGGACGUCGUCGGUUUCGGCACCGAUAUCCCCCACUUCCGCUUCAGUGGGCGGGCAAUUCUGUGGGGCGCCGGCAGCAUCCGAGAUGCCCACGGGGCCGACGAGAAGAUCGCAAUCGCCGACUUGGUGCAGGCCGUGCAGAGCUACAAGCACAUCAUCUCCACACUAGCUUCUCGCCCCAGCUAG